AAAUGGGGAGCAAAUAAUAUGGAGGGUCAAGGUGGAAAGCUGUGUUGUUAUUUCCCAACAGUAAAUGGACUGAAAAGCUCUGGACUGUCAGGAUUAGAAGAAAUUAAACAAUUGGGAGGAAAAAAAACCCAAAAAACCCCCCAGAAAGACAACAAAUGGCAACUCAAUCCUUCCCUAUAUGAAAAGGAGUAAAUAACCUUCAUGCCAACCACAGCAGUUUCACAGGUGGCCCUUGUGGCUCUUUUGUCCCAUUCCUGAAGAUUCCUGCUCCUCUCUCAGCAUCUGGAUCUCAUCUGGGAAGAGAGAUUCUGCCUGGGCAGCCUCUGAACAAACACGGCCUUUAUUCACUUUGUGCUUCUGCAGAGCACCAGCGUUCCCCUUGCUGGGGUCUCUGGUAUGGUUCAGUCACUUUCCCACAGUGGUUAAGGAUGAUCUUUCACAAGGUUUUUAUUUUGUACAUUGGUUUGGUUUUUUUUUCCCCUUGAAAAUGAAAAAUAGAUUAUCCAAGAUCUUAAAUCCCAGUAAUGAGUGAGAAGUGGAGAUGAGCUGGUUCCUCCUGGCUGGGCUGGCAGGGACAGGCUGGUGAGGGGCUGUCACACAACUCUCUGUGCUGCUCAGACACAGCUUUGAAAUCUCUCUUUCCUUUCCAAACUCCAUCUUUAUAAGAAUCCAGGGUUUAUUCUCAGCAGACAAACACCAAGAUGACAAUCCAGUGUGAGACCAACACCUUUAUUUAUCACAUCUUUAUCCCAACAGACACUGCAGCUGCACUAAACCUCCACAACACAGAAUAUUAUUUUUCCCUCUAAACUUAGAACCCACUGUCUGUGUUCUGUUUUUAGAAGGCCAGCAGUGCUGCCAGCCUGCAGCCCUGGUCAGGUGAGGUCACUGGUGCAGAGGAGCAGCUCCAGGAGCUGCGGAGCUGACUCAUGUUCGCUGUUGGACACGGGCACCUGCUGACUCACAGCCUCUCCUGCCUUGGGAUGCCUCCCUGCUCCCCUCUGUCAGCAGUGACACUGCUUCUAUCAACAGCACUGAAGAAAGGCAAAACAACAUCCUCUGAUACACUACUGAUGUUGUUCUUCCAUGUGGCAAAGAUGUAUUUACAGGGAAUCACAACAACACGGUAUUCCAUGUAUUUAUGCGGAGUUCUAAACAUUUUUUUCUCCUCUCAAGUUAUCUCACACUCUCAUUUCACAAUCUUUACAAACUAAUAUCAUUUGCAGCUUAAUUGUGUGUGACUGGAAUCACAUUAAAGAGUUCACAGUCAGAAACAUGAGCAAAACCAGCUGUUAAACUCUGUGUGGAGCACACAAAGAUCCGCAGGAAUAACUCAAGCAUUCUCCAGCCCAUUCCCUACAAUUAAAGACAGUUUAUGAUCCAGGGAAGUUCAGCUCAAGGAAUUUAAGGGCUGGCAACCAAACCAGCAACACCCAUGAGCUCCCCUGACCCAACACCAUGACACAGAAGGUACAACGAGUUCAGGAACAGAAUAGAUCACACAAUGUUUAACUUCCACAGUUUAAGGUCUGUUCCUUUUAAUAUCAGAACUGUUUUACAGACAAACAAGCUGUGCAGCUGGCCAGGAGUAAAGCAUUUUAGAGCUACAUUAGAAGAAGCCACAUCCUGUUCUACAUCUAUGCAGUGACAGCAUGAGAUACAGCAAUAAACCACAGAGAUGAGUACAAAGUAUUUUCUUCCUGCCUUCUCUCUCAUAGAGUUGCAUAAAACAUAGUUUUACAGAAUUUGGGGAUCCAGGUAAACCAUGCCUAAGCAUUUAUUAAAACCAGAUUCUGACGAAACUGGCUAAUCCAUCAGUUCAGAGCAGUGCACCACAAUCACACGGCCUGAGGACCUGGAAUGCCGACAAAGCUCCUGGAUGUGCCUGGAUGCACUGGCAGGGGACUGAAGGGUGGGAGCACCGUGCUGAAGAAAAGCCGGGAACAAAGGGGCGGCACAUUCACCCCUAACAAAAGAGACCUGUCAGAAUUCAUUACCGUUCCUAACGCAGGAGGUACGAGGCUCAACAUAAAGCCACAGAACCCUCCCACCUCAAAAUGCCGAGGGUUUCACAAAGCAUCCUGCCGUGUUCUGCCCUCCCCUGCGUGCAGCACCGCCCAAGGGUGGCCGAGCGCAGCACAAAGCACAGCAGGGAACAAGCACAAACUGUGGCCAAGGGCACCGCUUAUCGCUCCUGAACCGUUCAGAACGGGAGAAACGCCACUCCCGGGUGGCCCUGGCGCGGGGGACCCCUACAGGGCUGGGAGGCUUUGGAAAUGCAGCUUUUCGCCAGCGAACAGCCGAUAUUGCGCUCCUUCGGGGCCGCACCUCGGCCUCCGCCCCGGGGGAAGCGGCUGCGGAACCCUCCGGGUGAACCACCCAGGGCCUGUCCGGGGAGCGGAACCGCUUCCCUCAGACCGGCAGCGCUCGAACCCCGCAGGGCUUGCGCCGCUUCUACCCAGGGCCACUCAUGAGACGCCACCAGCCCCGCUCUCUCCCUGACGGCCCGGCCCGGCCUCCACCGCGCUCCCCCGGCCCGGGCCCGCCAUGGCCGCCGCCUUCCCGGCCCGUUACCGGGGCAACGCCGGCGCUCUCGCGAGGCGCGCGCCGGAAGUGACGCGUGUCGCGCGUUGGUGACACGUGACGGGGGCGCGGGGAUUCCGAACGGCGCAGCGGGAGGCACCUCAGGGAAGGAAUCAUGCCCAGGAUCACUGUGAAUGGGAUCACGGUGGAUUUCCCCUUCCAGCCCUACCCAUGCCAGAAAGCCUACAUGGCCAAGGUGCUGGAAUGCCUGCAAAAGAAGGUAAAUGGCAUUUUGGAGAGCCCUACAGGCACAGGAAAGACCCUGUGCCUGCUGUGUUCCACCCUGGCCUGGCGGGAGCACUUCAAGGACACCAUCUCAGCCCGGAAAAUCGCACAGCGCAUGAACGGGGUGGAGCUCUUCCCUGACAGACCUCUGUCCUCCUGGGGCACUGCUGCCACAGAUGGGGAUGUCCCCACUUAUUACACUGACAUUCCAAAAAUAAUUUAUGCCUCCAGGACUCACUCCCAGCUUACACAAGUCAUUAAUGAGUUAAAGAAUACAGUGUACAGGCCAAAGGUUUGUGUGCUGGGAUCCAGGGAGCAGCUCUGCAUCAAUCCUGAAGUGAAGCGACAGGAGGGCAACCACAUGCAGAUCUACAUGUGCCGAAUGAAGGUGAUGGCUCGGUCUUGUCAUUUCUAUAACAAUGUGGAAGAAAAGAGUACAGAGAAAGAACUGAUUGAAUCAAUCAUGGAUAUUGAAGACUUGGUUAAAAAUGGAAACAGGCACAGAGCUUGUCCUUACUAUCUCUCUCGAAGUCUGAAGCAGCAAGCAGACAUUAUUUUUAUGCCUUACAACUAUUUACUAGACUCAAAGAGCAGGAAAUCACACAACUUGGACCUGAAGGGGACUGUGGUGAUCCUUGAUGAAGCUCACAAUGUGGAGAAGUUGUGUGAGGAAUCCUCUUCCUUUGACUUGACUCCCUACGAUUUGGCUUCAGCAAUGGAUGCAAUAAAUGUUGUCCUGGAGGAACAAGCCAAAGUGGUUCAACAGAAUGAAAUCAAUGCUGAAUUCAACAUGGAGUUGGCCAGUUCAGGACUGAACAUGGAACUGGAAGAUAUAGCGAAGAUCAAGAAAAUUCUUCUUCAGCUUGAAAGUGCUAUUGAUGCAGUGGAGCUGCCAGAAAAUGGUAGUGGAGUCACCAAAGAGGGAAGCUACAUCUUUGAUCUGUUUGCAGAGGCCCAAAUAACGUGGCAGACCAAAUCCUCCCUCUUGGAGUCACUGGAGCAGAUUUUACAGUUUCUUUCAGGCCGUACUGGGAUAUUUAUCAAUACAUCUGGAUUGCAUAAGGUCUCAGAUAUUAUCCAGACAGUGUUCAGCAUUGAUCCUCCAGAAGGAGUCACAACAGGGUUCCUGCCACAUCAGGCAAUAUCUAAAUAUUACAAGGUACAUAUUCACGUGGAUAAUGGUAGUCAGAAAAAGAAACAAAAGACAGAUCCCUGGAAUUCAUCAUCUUCCAAAAGACAAGGGAAGACUUUAAGCUAUUGGUGUUUCAGCCCUGGGUACAGCAUGCACGAGCUCGUUCGACAGGGAGUCAGGACAAUCAUCCUCACCAGCGGGACACUCUCCCCCCUCUCAUCCUUUACAAUGGAAAUGCAGAUCCCUUUUCCUGUUUGCCUGGAGAAUCCUCAUGUCAUUGAUAAACACCAGCUCUGGGUUGGGAUCAUUCCAAAGGGACCUGAUGGAACUGUGCUUACUUCCACCUAUGAAAGAAGGUUUUCAGAGGAUUAUUUAUCUUCUCUGGGGAAAACAAUUGGUAACCUUGUGCGAGUUGUGCCACAUGGGCUGUUGAUGUUCUUCCCAUCAUAUCCUGUCAUGGAUAAGAGCCUGGAAUACUGGAGAGAGCAUGAUUUUGCCAAAAGAAUAGAAGAAGUGAAGCCAAUGUUUGUGGAACCCAGAAACAAAGGAAGCUUUUCAGAGGUUAUUGAUGCCUAUUAUGAAAAAGUCACCUGUCCUAAGUCCAAUGGAGCUGUAUUUCUGGCAGUGUGUCGGGGCAAGGCCAGUGAGGGCCUGGACUUUGCAGACAUAAAUGGACGAGGAGUCAUCAUUACUGGGCUUCCAUUUCCCCCUCGUAUGGAUCCCAGGGUCAUUUUAAAGAUGCAGUUCCUGGAUGAGAUGAAGAGAACUAGUGCAGGUGCACAGUAUCUGUCUGGGCGUGAGUGGUACAGCCAGCAGGCAUCACGGGCUGUCAACCAGGCCAUCGGCCGGGUCAUCAGGCACCGCCAGGACUACGGGGCCAUCUUCCUGUGUGACCACAGGUUCACAACUUUUGAUGUCAGAGGCAAACUGCCUUCGUGGGUCCGGCCCUAUGUGAAUGUUUAUGACAACUUCGGGCACGCGGUCAGAAGUGUCUCCCUCUUCUUCCGUGUUGCUCAAGAAAUUAUUCCUCCACCCCUGCCUCAGUGCCCUCCUGGACAUAGUGCUUCCCUAGGGGAAAGCAAUGCAGCACCAUCUACUUCAUCUGAGCAGGUCCUCUCCCUGCAAAAAGCUAAAAACCUGGAUGACCAUGUUCCAAGUUUGAAGAGGAAAAGGAAAGUAAAUGGAGAUGGAGCACCCAGCCUGUGUGUGGAAUAUGAACAGGAGUUUGUCUCACCCCGAAGAAAAUGUGUUGGGCUCUUGGAUGCCUUGGAGCGCAGUGAGAAGAGCACUGAAGAUGCAGAGGAGGAAGCUGAUCUGUCAGGAGAGGAAAAGGCACAUCAUCUGUCCACACUUUCCCUUCAGUAUGAGAAGAGAUUAACAGAUGAGCAGAAAGGAGGAAGGAAGAAAAUAAAGCUAAUCAGCAACACACAGGAGCGGAGAGCGGAGCCGGCGGAGCCCAAGAAGGCGCGGGCCACGCUUUACAUCGCCACGGUGAAGGACACCCUGAGCCAGCAGAACUACGAGCUCUUCUCCAAGGCUCUGCAGCAGUACAAGAAGACAGAUGACUUCCAUGCCAUGCUGUCCCAAAUGAGCUCUCUCUUCGUAGAGGAUGAAAAAAAGCACGUCCUGCUACGAGAUUUUUACCAGUUUGUUCGACCCCAGCAUAAAAAGCAGUUUGAUGAAGCGUGCUGCAGUCUGACUGGAGCAGGCUGUGGCUACAAACCUGAGCACAGCCUCCCACGGGAGGAGAGGGAGACCCUGGCCAAGAGAAUGGAAGAGAAACAGAGCCAGCAGAAAAGUACAUUCUCCAAGGCCUCGUGUGCUCAGCUGAACUCUGGGCUCCACCUGAACCAAGGAGGAUCUCACUUGGCAACAGGACUGAAUAGUGCAGGGCAGAGUGCCAGUGCAGCUCCAAGGAAAGAGGCUGAAAAGGCUCCAGGCUCCAGGAGAGAGCAUCACCAGGCCCUCAGGACUGCUUAUCUCAGCGAUGUGCAGAGGGCUCUGGACAAAAGCAGCUACAGCCAGUUCUACUCUGCUCUGCUGGCUUACAAGAAGACAGAUAAUUACGAUGCCAUGGUGUCGGUGAUAGCAGCACUCACCACGGAGAGGCCACAGGACUUUCAUCUCCUACAAAGGUUUUACAUGUUCGUGCGUCCUCACCACAAAGAGCAGUUCAGAAAGCUGUGCAAGGAUUUGACUGGAAUGGUCUGUGGUGAGGGAGAGAAGCAACUGCAACAGCUGGAGCAAAGUGAAGGGAAACCCCAGAGCUUGGAGAGCUGCACAAAAGGAAUCAGCCACGUGCAAGACACAGCCCCUUCUAAGAGUGGGGCACCAGGAAAAAUUCAGAGUAAGAUUUCCUCCUUCUGCUUUAGCCAGAAAAGUGAACCUGAGUUGCCAAAGACUGAAGUGUCCAAAGAAACCAGUAAUGUGAGAGCACCCACAGACUCUGGAGCUGUGCCCAUCUUUCCCCUAGAGAUGGAACCAGAGUGUGGAAGAUUCCACUGCUCUAACUGCAAAUGCGAGGAUGAUGUGCCUUUUAAAUGCCCAUUUUGUGACUUCACUUGCUGCAAAACGUGCUGGAAGCAGUUCUUAAAGGUGCUGAAGAAGUGUCCCGAGUGCCGCAGUGAAGUGAAGAGGAAGCGAUUAAUCCAGGUUUUCUUCUGGUCCUGAUCCACCCACAGAAAGGGCAGGAGAUCCUCUGUGCCAGCAGAAGGCAGUGGCUGUGCCCUGGCUCUUGCUGAGCAGGAGCCAGAUGAGGAUGAGGAUGGAGAUUCUUUAAAUCCCUGUGAUCCUUGUCUCUGGAUUAGGAGUGAGCCCCAGCACAGGUCGUUUUCUGGCAAAGGUGAUCGAGCCUGAAAAGUCUCACUGCAGGGACAAAGCAGAACAUACUCCUCUCUUAGAACUAAGAAAGUUAAUUUUUUACUCACUUUACCCCCUGAAUUCUCCUGUGGCCACUCUUUGGCUGAAAUUUUAUAUCCUGGAGGCAGCUGUCAUUUCAGGUAAUACCAGAUCAUGGAAAAACCCCAGGAAUGCUCCUGCAAUGGCCCUGAGCUGGCUAAGGAGGCCAGACUACCCCUACCUAACCCACUGGUGUUCCUGGAAGAGGUGAUUCACAUUCACUGUUUGGGGUUUGGCAGCAGCCACUGUCUCCAAGAGCAGAAGAUACUGAAAGGAUCAUUUUAUACAGAUGAAUUCCACUGGUGGAUGGUGAACAGAAGCUCCCUCAUCUGCUCUACACCCCAAUGCCUGAUUCCAACUAUCAUGGGAUUUUUUUGGAACAUGCUUCUAGGGAGGCUUUACUCUUCACUCAGUGCUGGUAUUUCCAUCUGCCUGUAUUACCUGAUCUGCUUUCCAAGAAGAAGGAACUAAAUGUUUUAAAACUUUUAAAUUAAUCAAGUUAGAUGGGUUAAAAAAAAUUCCUUGAUACUUCCACUCUCUGUGAGUAGUGGUUAACCUAAAAAAUUGUAUCCAUUUUAAAUCUUCUAUAGCUGCUGUAAAUUAGACUGUAAAAUAAAACCAUUUUGUCUAAGUUUGAUUUGGUUUAAUUAAAAAAAAAAAGAAUUUUAAAAAAUAACCAGAUAUAAAAACACUGGACAUUGAGUCCUAAUGGCCCUGGUAGGAGCAAGUGGAAAG